AUGUGGAUCACAGACACUUGCAAAGCCAUCGUCCUCUCCUUCGUAGCCGUCUUCCAUUCCCCAACCCUCCCCUCCGACGGCCCUCACCAAGAUGUCCUAUCCUUCACCCACAACAAACCUGCUCCCAAAUACCCUCACUUCCCUGCUCCAAAUGGUCCUGACCAAAAAGGCGUCGAGUUCCACUGCAAAUACCCCGGGCUCAAAGGCUGGGAAAACUGUACAUCAAAAGAUGACCGCUCCUGUUGGCUCAAGGGUCCGUAUGGUCAGGUCUUUAAUAUUGACACCGAUUACGAGAAUUUCUACCCUGAGGGUAUUGUGCGAGAGUACCACCUCAAUGUGACGAACCAAGACAUCAACGGCGACGGCGUCAACAAUCCCUACGGCAAAGUCUUCAACAACCGAUACCCAGGUCCCUGGAUCCAAGCCUGCUGGGGCGACAUCAUAAAGGUAACAGUCCACAACAACCUAGCCUACAACGGCACAACAAUCCACUGGCACGGUCUCCGCCAACUCGAGUCUUUCGAAAUGGACGGCGUGAACGGCGUAACGCAAUGCCCCAUCGCACCAGGCGACAGCUACACAUACACCUUCCGAGCAGUGCAGUACGGCACGAGCUGGUAUCAUAGCCAUUAUUCGCUGCAGUAUGCAGAUGGGUUAGCUGGUCCGAUUACGAUUUAUGGACCAUCGAGUGCGCCUUGGGAUGAGGGAAGGGAUCCGAUUCUUAUUACAGAUUGGAGCCAUCGGAGUGCUUUUCAGAGUUGGCAGAGGGAAUUGGUACCGAAUAGUCCGACUAGACCUAUGAUGAAUGGUGUUCUUAUUAAUGGUGUUGGAAAUUUUGCGGGUAGUUUCCCACGUGAACGGUUCAACAUGACUGUCACCAAGGGCAAAAAGUACAUUCUUCGCGUUAUCAAUACCUCUGUGGAUACAACCUGGAUCUUUAGUAUCGACAAUCACAACUUCACCGUCAUGUCCACAGACUUUGUCCCGAUCCACCCUUACGAAGUCGACCAUAUCGUCCUCGGAAUCGGUCAGCGAUAUCAUAUCGUCCUUGAAGCCACUCCCACCAACACAACUGUCCUCCCCGCCUCACCAGAUGGCAACUACUGGAUCCGUACAGUCGGCGCAGAUAGAUGCAAGGGCUUUGAGCCCGGUAACGAACCCGAUGAGCGACAGGGCAUUCUUCGAUAUAAUGCCUCUAGUACAUUGGUUCCUACGACGUUUCGGCCAGCCUAUUCUACGGCAUGUCGCGAUGAGAACUAUGACUUGCUGAAGCCCAUUUUCCCUUGGGCUGUGGAGCCUGUUAAGUUAAACUAUAAUGACUCCCAGUUCGACAUCGGUCUGAAGACCUAUAAAGACAGACCCGAGAAGGGCGAUGGCUUUCAAUGGUGGGCCUUCGGUGAGAAUCCUCUCUGGCUGAACUUUUCGAAUCCCACGAUUCUUAACCUUGAGAAUAAGACUUGGGAUCCGAAUUAUGCCGUUGAUCUCGUUGUUCCGGACUCGAAGAAGGAUAAAUGGGUUUACAUCGCCAUCACUGCGCCACCAGCACCUCUUGUCAACAGACCCGAUAGAGUCUUUGCGCCCGUGGCUCAUCCGCUCCACCUUCACGGCCACGACUUCGCCCUCCUAGCUCAAGGCACAAAUUUCACCGAUCUUGACACCGGAAAAGUCAAACUCAAAUGGGACAACCCUCCUCGUCGUGACGUAGCACUCAUCCCAGCAGGCGGAUACCUCGUCGUCGCGUUCAAAGCAGACAAUCCAGGAUCUUGGCUGUUCCACUGCCAUAUCGCAUGGCAUGCGUCGAGUGGUCUCGCGAUCCAGAUUCUUGAGCAGCAGGAAAGACUCAAAUGGAUGAUGGAUGAUGGUAGGAUGAAGGAGGUUAAGAGGGAUGAUUCUGGUAUUUGA